UAGAGAAGCCAUAGAGUCUGACUAUAGGGUGAUAGAGAGGCCAUAGAGUCUGACUAUAGGGUGAUAGAGAGGCCAUAGAGUCUGACUAUAGGGUGAUAGAGAGGCCAUAGAGUCUGACUAUAGGGUGAUAGAGAGGCCGUGGAGUCAGACCGUAGGGUGAUAGAGAGGCUGUGGCGUUAGACCGUGGGGUGAUAGAGAGGCUGUGGCGUUAGACCGUGGGGUGAUAGAGAGGCUGUGGAGUUAGACUGUAGGGGCAUAGAGAGACUGUGGAGUUAGGUAGGGGGAUAGAGAGGCUGUGGAGUUAGACCGUAGGGGGAUAGAGAGGCUGUGGAGUUAGACCGUAGGGGGAUAGAGAGGCUGUGGAGUUAGACUGUAGGGGGAUAGAGAGGCUGUGGAGUUAGACCGUAGGGGGAUAGAGAGGCUGUGGCGUCAGACCGUAGGGGGAUAGAGAGGCUGUGGCGUCAGACCGUAGGGGGAUAGAGAGGCUGUGGCGUCAGACCGUAGGGGGAUAGAGAGGCUGUGGAGUUAGACGUGGGGGAUAGACUGUGGAGUUAGACUGUAGGGAUAGAGAGGCUGUGGCGUCAGACCGUAGGGAUAGACUGUAGGGGGGGGAUAGAGAGGCUGUGGAUUAGACUUAGAGAGGCAGCAGUAGGGGGAUAGAGAGGCUGUGGCGUCAGACCGUAGGGGGAUAGAGAGGCUGUGGCGUCAGACCGUAGGGGGAUAGAGAGGCUGUGGCGUCAGACCGUAGGGGGAUAGAGAGGCUGUGGAGUUAGACCGUAGGGGGAUAGAGAGGCUGUGGAGUUAGACUGUAGGGGGCUAGAGAGGCUGUGGCGUCAGACCGUAGGGGGAUAGAGAGGCUGUGGAGUUAGACUGUAGGGGGAUAGAGAGGCUGUGGAAUUAGACCGUAGGGUGAUAGAGAGGCUGUGGCGUUAGACUGUAGGGGCAUAGAGAGGCUGUGGAGUUAGACCGUAGGGGGAUAGAGAGGCUGUGGAGUUAGACCGUAGGGUGAUAGAGAGGCUGUGGCGUUAGAGUGUAGGGUGAUAGAGAGGCUGUGGCGUUAGACUGUAGGGUGGUAGAGAGGCUGUAUGUGCUGUGACAGUAAGAGACUGGUUGUAGUUUUUGUCCUAUGGGUUGGAGUCUGAUGGUAUUCAUUAAAGGGACACUAAAGGCAUCAAAAUAACUUACGCUAACUCUUUUGGAGGGGGGGGUACACCUUUCCCGUGUAACAAUGGAGACGGACACCCACUUUGAUUUGCAGAAAAAAAAAAUACAUUUCACUUACUUGGAAACCAGCGCCCAGUAAAGCUCCAGGCGCUGAUAUUCUGCCCUCUCUUUGAGAAGCCUGUGACUGGGCCAUUUUGCCUGCUCAGAGCGAAAUGUGUGUGGGCCAGCUGUAUUUUAUGCACAGAUUUGACAUUGGGAGAUGGAAACAGAAUUCUGGGCUGCCAUUGUCACGGGGUGGGGGGUGCAACUUACAAAUAUUACAGUUUGUGACUGUUUCAACUGAAACACUGCACAUACUGACUCCUACCACCAUGAUCAAUUCAAAUCACUGAAGUGAUCAUGGUGGUUGGAGUAACCUUUUAAUUAAGCAUUUUUUGUGUCUCAUGCCUCUACAGUUUCACUUUUAUUUCUGUUUAUGCAGCCGUAGUCACACCUCCCCUGGUUGUGACUGAUGUCAGAGUAUUUAUAUCGGCAGACAUCUUGUGCUAUGAUAGAAAUUAAAAGUGUAUAUGCUGAGUCACUUUUGAACAGAGCAGACUCCAUUUUGUUAUUUUCAAGCUAACAAAAGACACAAGAUUUCUAUCUGUAAAACUAACAACCUUCCCAGAGCUAAAGGAAUGCAUAGUAUAUACAAACCAAGUGAUAAGGAGAACGGGGGUUGGACAGACUGCCUAAAAUGUUAAUGGAAUAGAUGCAUAUCUAAACAGAGACAUUUGUGACAGAGGAGAUUAAAUAAUAAAAUUUUACUUUCUAUAUGGACAAGAUCCCAUUGUAAGUUACGGGUCAAAACAUAGUCUGGACAAAACUUAAAGAAACUGUUUGAUCCGACAGAAAACUUAAAUUAUGGCAACCAUAUAGAUAAGCCAAAAUGACGUCAAAAUAGCCACCAGGAAAAGUUAACUCUUUCCUGGAUAGAUAUGUUUAGUGGGACAAGACUGCCCUCUAUAGAUCAAAUACCUAAAUUGCGAUCCCUAGAUUGGACACACCUCCAGUGUGCCUAUUGGGUUAGCAACUAAUGACGUACAGACAGUCUGGCCUUUUAAAAAGUUAAGACAGAGAGGGGAGAGGAAUUGGAAGUUUGGGGACUCCAACUCGGACAUGCAGAGAAACCCAGGACAACAUCUGAGACUAACACUCAACUCACAAACUCUUUGACACUUUCUAACCAACACUACUUUUCACUAUUACCCACGCACCUCCAUGCAGAGAGACAUCCAAACAAGUUCCUGAGACUACCAAUCGGAUGAAAAAUAUCUAUUCAACUGGUAAUUAUACUGGUUUCAUUUAAUUAAUUUAAAUUAAAGGACCACUAUAGUGCCAGGAAAACAUACUCGUUUUCCUGGCACUAUAGUGCCCUGAGGGUGCCCCCACCCUCAGGGACCCCCUCCCGCCCGGCUCUGGAAGGGGAAAGGGGUAAAAACUUACCUUUUUCCAGCGCUGGGCGGAGAGCUCUCCUCCCCGUCGGCUGAAUGCGCACGCGCGGCAAGAGCUGCGCGCGCAUUGAGCCGGUCACAUAGGAAAGCAUUCAUAAUGCUUUCCUAUGGAUGCUGGCGUGCUCUCACUGUGAAAAUCACAGUGAGAAGCACGCAAGCGCCUCUAGUGGCUGUCAAUGAGACAGCCACUAGAGGAUUAGGGGGAAGGCUUAACCCAUUCAUAAUUAUAGCAGUUUCUCUGAAACUGCUAUAAUUAUGACAAAAUGGGUUAACCCUAGCUGGACCUGGCACCCAGACCACUUCAUUAAGCUGAAGUGGUCUGGGUGACUAGAGUGGUCCUUUAAUUAAAAUUUACUAAUAGUAUGAUAUGACUGGAUAAAUCACGGUCAGAUUUCCAUAUUUAAGAAAUCUUAGUUAACUAAAGAAUAUAUAGUUAUAAACAUUCCAUUCUGCAGGUGGAAUUAAGAAUAAUUAUAUAUUAAUGUGAUAGUAUCACGUGUUAGCAUACCGCUGUUUUUAUCCAGGUGCAUUGAUUUGCUCUAAUAUAAGAUCUUUUUAGACAAAUUAAAUUCGGCUUUUGUAAAAAUCUGGUAGAUUAUUCUUAUUGGAUGGUUCCAGGAAAUGACUAAUGAACUGGUUUAAAUGUUAUUUUAUUUAAAAUUACAUAAGAAUAGAUCUUAAUUAUCUAGGAGGUCUAGCCAGCAUUGAAAGGGUUAUUCUAACUGUCAGCUAAACUUUACGACCUUACACUGCACUCUUAGGAAUUCUGUUCUCUGCGUGAAACUUUUUCUUUCUCUCUGUGAAAGAUAGUCAUAAAUCGUGUAAGUCUUGACAGAAAAUGGUGUAUAGCCAUUCCUUUGUAUUGCAUAUCAUUUUAUACUGGAUAUUCAUUGAUUAUUGUCACGCAUGUUACAUAAUAUUUGUUAAUUAUUGGUCAUAAUAAAUCUAUUUUUAUAACAUAUUGUGAUUUUAUUUAUAUGAAAUACAUUUCACUUAACACGAUAACGAUCUUUGGGAUCUGAGAAUUGAAUUAGUGGGCCAUUCUCACUGUUUACUAUUAUUAUCCCAUAAAUAUCCCCACACUGACAAGGCUUACAUGAACAAAAGGUUUUAAUUUUCAAACAAAUGGUAACUUCUUUUUAGAAGUUUUUAUCUCCUGCUCUGUAAAUUAAACUUCACACACAGGCGACUUCUGUAAAUAGAGGCUAUUAACACAACAGGAAAUAAAUUCUAGAUUAAACAGGAAGUUUAAGUAUGAACUGUAUCUUUACAGGAAGUGUUUAGGAAGGCUGAGUAAGUUACAUGCAGGGAGGUGUGACUAGGGCUGUAUAAACAAAGUGAUUUAACUCCUAACAGUGAGAUUAGAGGGAUCUAUAAACCAAAGCUAAUUAAGAUAAAAUUGUUUUGGUACCUAUAGUAUCCAUAUAAUCUCUACAGAACGCAGUGAUACAAUCAUUUAUUCCAACUUCAAUUUUAGGUUUUUCAGGUUUUAGAAUCCAGAGCAACAACCACAAGAGAGAUAUUAAUAAUACCGUUUCAUAAAUGUGUCAACAAUCUGAAAGAGUAGAGAUUAUGUACAACCUGCACCAAACAAAUACACUAUAAGGAGAAGCAUGACCAUAUAAGUAUUAUGCACAAGCACAGUAUAUAUCCCUACCUCCAAUGACAGAUUCUCUCUUUGAGUUGUAUGUCAGAGUCUUUCAUGAAUAUAAAAUAAAAAACAUCAGCUAAGGUAAAUAAAUGUACAUUUUGAUUUCUUUUAACCUGUGAUGGAGUUUAAUUUCUAUUUUUACAUGAAUUAAAGUGCAACACAUGUCACAGCUUUGUACAUAUGUACAACUGUUACAAGUAAAACGACAAAGGUACAAUACAUCUGAGACAGUACAAAAUUUGACAAAUACAGGAGGGCUUGUGGACUCUAUUCCUGUGGGAACUUAACAAUCAUAUUGAAAAGUUGAAGGUGCAGGGAAAUAAACUGUACUGCUCAUAGGGAAUAAACUAACAAUCCUCAAAAAGACUUACCACGUUGUUGGGGUCAACAAUGUAUUGUAUUUUACAAUGUGAAUCAAAAAGAAAAGCAAAAAUGUAACCAAUAGUGUGUAUAACUUAACAUUUGCCUGAGGUGCUUAAAGGACCACUAUAGGCACCCAGACCAAGUUUGUUUUCCUGGCACUAUAGUGCUCCUUUAAUGAUAUGACAUAUUUUGAACCUCUAGCUUUAAAGGGGGGGGGAGGCUUUUUAGCAGAAUAAUCUGCAAAAGAAGACAUUUUACUUACCUGGAAUCCAGCGAUGUGCUAAGCUCUCGACAUUGUCUUCCACUCCUCGAUCUGACAUCACAGGAGCCUGUGAUUGGACCGUUUUACUGGCUCAGAGUGCAUGCACAUGUUCUGGGCUGGCGAGGGGUUGGAGAGGGGCUGAGGAGGAAGGAAGGGUUUGUUUUUGUUUUUUAAACAAAAGAAAAAUUGUGUUCAAUGGAGGGAGCACGCAGUGGGAUAGAGGGGAUAGCUAUCUUCUCAUUGCAAAAAAAAAAAAAUUCAAACCGUUUACUUCAUUUAAAAAAAAAAUCUUAGAUUAUAGAUAUACACACGUGUCUAAUUUUGCAAAUGGUAUGCCAUGAUCGGUGUAUUUUUGGGCUGCCAUACAAUCUCAAAGGCAACAUAAGCUCAGCAAACAAAACUGGCAAAUUCCAAUUGCAAAAAUGGAAGAAGGAAAGCCCUAUUUUGACCCUGUUACUUUCCAAAACACCAUAAAACCUGUAUAUGUGAGGGUACUGUUGUACUCGUGAGACAUCGCUAAACACCAAUAUGAGUAUUUUAUUGCAGUAACAACUAACAGUAUUAUGACAUUCACAGUUAAAAUGCCACACAGAACUUGGAAAAUAGCAAAAUUUCUUAAUUUCUCAAACUCUUUUUAGAUUUUAUUCAUAUUGAAUUAUGUUUCAUAUAUAAAUAUUUCAAGUGAAAUGAAAGCCCUGUUUCUCCUGGACAAAAUGAUGUAUAAUACGUGUGGGUGCCCUUAAUAUGAAAGAAGUGAAUUAUGGGUACACAGACAUGUAGCUCAAAUUCCAGGUUUUGUUUACAUUCUGUUUUGAUCAGAACUUGUACAAUUGCGUCCAUCCUUAAGGGGUUAACAAAACAGAGGCACUGCACCUAUACAUAAACAGUGACAAUGUUAUUACAGAGUUACUUUAUAUUUGCUUAACUCUUCUAUUGCAAUUAAUCUUAACUUAUAACAGAAAAAUACCAUAAAAACAACUUUGUGAAGUAUAUAAUUAGAGUAAAGAAACAGACAGCAUUGUCUCAGUCUAAAUGUUUUUGUUUGUUUGUUUUUUGCUGUUAUAGGAAGUGACGUUUCAUUGUCACCCCAUGGUAACUGUGAAACCACAAUUGAGUCCACAGCAACAGGACUGAGUACACCGAGACCUCGAUACAACAAAUUAAUUUUGCUUAGCAUUGGGAAUUCUAGUAAUCAGCUGAGAGGAAGGACUUAUGGCACUUCAGAAGAUCAUUUCAAACAUAGUUUAAAGUGACCUCUGUGGAGACAAAGCUUUAUGUUAGCACUUCUAAGGAUUAACAUUCCUUAAAAUGCCCAAAGGAAGAUUAAAUAAUCCCUCAACCAGGCAGGAUGGGGAAUGGGUAAGAAAAAAUGCAACCUAAUGUAUUCUCCCAGCUUUAAUGUUUUAAAUUACUUUUUUUCCAAGUUAAACAAACCAAUUUGUUUUGCAAACUAUUGAUUAUUAAUUUAAUGCAGAAUAAAUGCACAGGUUUAUUCUGUAAACUUCAAAUCCCGAUUAGAUGCAGACUGAAUGGCAAAAUUUAGAGAAAGUAGCCGAUUUGAAAGAAUCAGGUAUAUUCACAUUUUAUUAUAAUUCAGUGUUAAUUCAGAAUAAACCUGUUCGCAUUAUUCCCUUAAAGUGAGAUUUGUCAGCAAUUUUUAAAGUGAAUUUCAAAUGUUCGACCGAAAUAGCCGAACUAAAAUGAUUUUUUAUUUGACCGAAAAUAUAAGAUUCAUGAUCAAAUUUUACAUUUGAAAAUUCAUAAAGGGUUAUUCACAAAAUUAUUACCCAAUUUUGCUACAUUUAGAAAUUGGUUAUUUUAGAUUUUAGAAUUUAAUGAAUAACUCUGCAUGAAUAUACAGAUGUUAGCUAACAGUAGAGUGCACACACACACACACACACACACAAUAUAUAUUUAUUUAUUCUUUCACCAUUUAUGUACUUUAUGUAACCCCUCCAUGAAACAGAUGACAUGCCAGAACUUCCUUGACAAAAUAGGCCUUGACUACAGAUUUGUCAGAAAGUGGUUAAUCCAUUCAUUUUUUUUUAAAGUGCCCAACCAGAUAUGUCUUCAUAUUAAAGGGACACUCCAGGCACCCAGACCACUUCUGCUCAUUGGAGUGAUCUAGGUACCAACUCCCACCACCCUUAACCCUGCAAGUGUAAUUAUUGCAGUUUUUAUAAACUGCAAAAAUUAUCUUGCAGGGUUAAAUCCUCCUCUAGUGGCUGUCUAUCAGACAGCACUAGAGGGACUUCCAUGUUCUUAGAACACGAAAAGUGUUUUAAACGACGCUGGACAUCCUCACGCUAUGUGAGGACCUCCAGCGUCACCAAAAUCCCCAUAGGAAAGCAUUGAAUAAGGCUUUCCUAUGGGGAGGUCUAAUGCAUGUGCGCGGCAAUUGCCGCGCAUGCGCAUUAGUUCUCCCCUGCCGGAUGAUGUCGGCGGGGGAGGAGAGUAGGCGGAGACUGACCCAGCACCAAGGGACAUCGGCGCUGGACUCAGGUAAGUCACUGAAGGGGUUUUAACCCCGUUCAGCAACAUGGGAUGGGGGGUGGGAGGGAGAGGGGCACUGUAGGGUCCUGCAGUGCCAGAAAAACAAAUAUGUUUUCCUGGCACUGGAGAGUCCCUUUAACCCCUUAAAGACACAUGACAUGUGUGACAUGUCAUUAUUCCCUUUUAUUCCAGAAGUUUGGUCCUUAAGGGGUUAAAGCUUUAGCAGAAACAGAUUUUGAGUUGCUAUAUCAGACUAUUACAGGAGAUUUUGGUCUAGGAUACCUUUCUUACUCCCCACAUUUCUCAUUAUUUUCAUUAUUUCACUUUCAGUUCGCACAUAUAGGAAUGCCUAGAAAACUGCCUAUGACAAGCACACAGAACAUGUUUUAUCCACCCAAGCAAUUCCGGGUUGAUUACAGGCUGCCUCCUAUAUGUAUCACUCAAAGGAAGGUAAAGUAAAAUCACGCGUCUGCUGUGCAUUAUCCAUCUAUGAACUUAAUGGGAUCUCGCAUGGGGUUAUUUACAAAUUUAGGAAUUGAGGGUAUUAAAUCUGCAAAUUAUAUGUGUAAAAAAAAAAAAAGACAAACUGGAAAACAAAUCCAAAUCUCGAGUACGGGUUUAUCCCAUGGCCCCAUAGGUAGUGCCAUAAUCUAACAAGGACAAUAGAGAUUCUGUGGGCUGUCUAAUCACAGAGUACUUAGAUGUAAUCCUCUAAUAUUGUUAGCUUCCUAAACAAGCCACCUUAACCCCUUAAGGACACAUGACAUGUGUGGCAUGUCACGAUUCCCUUUUAUUCCAGAAGUUUGGUCCUUAAGGGGUUAAUAGUGGGUUUUGCACUAUAGGGUCAGGAAUACAUGUCUGUGUUCCUGUCCCUAUAGUGAUCCUUUAACCAAAAAGUAUUCGAAUCACGAUUAGGAAUUCCAUCUAAGGCACACAAAAAAAAAACAAACAAAAAAAAAAACAAGGGAGAUGAUUGAUCGCUAGGGUACCGGUGCUAAAUGUUCAUUUUAUUCACAGAUCAAGUGAGCAAUAGAGGUAAAAACAGAGAGUCAGCAAAAAAAUAAAUACAUCUCUAUUUAUAGAUUGUGUAUUAAUUAUAUCAAUAUAGAUUUUUUAUUUAUUUUUUUACUGCUCCUUUUUUGUCCCUGUAUGGUUUACUUUUUCUCACUUGAUCUAUGAACCAAAUGGCACAAAAAGCCUCCUAUCCUUGUACUGCAAAACAGAUACAUAUAUUAUAUAUAUUUUGCAGUAGGCUGACUGGCCCAUUUUUUAUUUAUUUGCAAUCUUGGUUCAGCUGAUUCGUGUUCCAGAUUAGAUUUUUUUUAAUGACUAAAAUUCUGCUUAGCUGACCCAAAAUUUGACCAAAACAUGCACAAGUCUAUUUUUCAAUUGGCUUGUGUGAUGGCUAAGAGGCUUCCAUUUACUUCACUCAGCUUGAGUGUCUCCAUCAAAGGUCCCAUUCUUUCAGCACUGGCUGCGGUUCUGCAAAACCAACCUCCAACAUUUUCCCACUGCACAAACUCACCUAUUGUGCGCGGUGUGUUUCUGAGGCAGGUGAACACACUUUGCUCUGUAAAGAGUAGUGCUCACAGUGCUAGUUGCAGCAACACACACAUCAAAGGAUGGUUUUAAAAGAACUGUGAGACCAUCACUGGGGUAGGUAAUAGAGCAGCAGGAAAUGCUAGCAGAAUGCUUGGUUGUAUAGCGAGAGGUAUUAGCAAUAGAAAGAGAGAAGUGCUCAUGCCAUUGUACAGAACACUGGUGAGACCUCACUUGGGAGUUUGUACGCAGUACUGGAGACUGUAUCUCCAUAAAGAUAGUGAUACUUUAGAGAGAGUUCAGAGAAGGGCUUCUAAAAUAGUUCAUGGAUUGCAGGAUAAAACUUACAAGGAAAGGUUAAAGGAUCUUAACACGUAUAGCUUGGAGGAAAGACGAGAGGGGGGGAUAGGAUAGAAACAUUUAAACACAUAAAGGGAAUCAACACAGUAAAGGAGGAGACUAUAUUUAAAAGAAGAAAAACUACCACAACAAGAGGAACUAGUCUUAAAUUAGAGAGGCAAAGGUUUAAAAAUAAUAUCAGGAAGUAUUACUUUACAGAGAGAAUAGUGGAUGCAUGGAAUAACCUUCCAGCAUAAGUGGUAGAGGUUAACCCAGUGAAGGAAUUUAAGAAUGCGUGGGAUAGGCAUAAGGCUAUCCAGGUUAUAAGAUAAGGUCAGGGACUAAUUUAGAAAAUUAGGCAGACUAGAUGGGCCAAAUGGUUCUUAUCUGCCAUCACAUUCUAUGUUUCUAUUUAAAUGUGAUAUUUAUGUUCAUAUUGACAGUGAAGAACCAGCAUUCAUUAGUAAUUCACCAUUUCCUUCAAAUUGGACCCCCCUGCUGCAUGUAACACACAGUGGUUGCACAAAUAUAGUCAUGUAGUCUGCCCCUUUCCCAAAGUGUAGUUCUGCUGAAAGAUGGAACGUGAUAACAAAUAAUAAACAAUGCUCCAUUAUAUAGACUAUCAAAGUCCUAAAGAUACUCAUUUUGUUUAAAACUUUGUUUUUUUUAGAAUGAAGUACAGAAUGGCUAUCCGUUCUCAGCGCAUGACAACAGGCAUUUAAUACAGGGAGUAGGGGAGUAUUUUGAUAUUGUAAGUAUGCAGUAAAAUAAAUACAGCAGAUAUCUUCCCAUUGCAAGCAUAUACCUGGUCUUUGAAAUUGAUCUCAAAAGUUCAUAUGCUGUCAAGCCAAAUAUCACAAACCCUGAUUAUUUUAGGACCCAUGUACAACAUACACCCAUAGAGGUAGGUGGGGGGAAUUAGGUGCCCUUGGUAAAAAGGUACAAGGUUCCUACAUUUGAAUCAUGAUGGGAUAACUUGUCAAAAACCAGCAAUUUGAUUAUACACCAUACUUUGCUCUCUCAGAUGUUCUAGUCUCUCAGAUAGAGCUGCACAAUGUGUUGGCACUGUAUAAAUAACAAUCAUGAAAUUGUGAAUGAUGAAUAGAUCUCACUAGCACUAAAAACUGUACAAAAAAUGCAAGUGAUAUACAGAUGUUAAAAACUCAGAAUCCGAAGCAUCAGUAUUAAACAUGAAUAUCCUCUAUUUAUUAAACUAUAAUCUAUUUAUAUAGCAGGUUGACACACUUGGAAAAUGAAUUUCAUCCUUAUUUUUUUUAACCCGUUUCCAUUUCAAGGGACUCGGCCAUAAAAAGACUUCUAUUGGGAAAAGGCAAGAUCAGUCUCAGAAUUUUUGCCGUGAUGCAGCCACAUCGGUCACAAGCAGAUGGGAUGAUUUCUCAUUAUAUGAAGUCUCUUACACAGGGCAUCAAGCUACAGAGCAACCUUUGUGCAGAAGAUUCCCUAAACGUCAUACGGAAAGAUCUGCUCACAUGAAGUUACUUCCUGAGAACGCUUUCAUGUGGUUUGCAGAUCAUCAUGGCACAUCGCGCUGAAAUCUGUGUAUUACAUGGUCUAUUUAACGAAUACCUGUUCUGCAUAUAAAGCAAACCAUUAUUAACCCCUUAAGGACACAACUUCUGGAAUGAAAGGGAAUCAUGACGGAAUAUUUCCAUCAUGUGUCCUUAAGGGGUUAACCCCUUCCCUUCUAUGUUAUAAAAAAAUAAAAACAAAAAAAUAAGGCACAUAGCACUUUUUUUUUUUUGCUCGGUGAUAACCAGUUCUGCACAUUAACACAUAAUUUUCACACUUCAAUUUCCAAAACAUUAUGAGCAGCUAAAAUGACUCAGAAGUGCAGGUAGGGAUCCUAAUAAGGGUCCAGGAGGAAAAACUGGUAUAAACUAAUAAAUGGCAGGUUCUACAAAUUAUUAGACGUUUCUGUAUUCAGAUGGGAGUUUUUGCAGCAGCUGUUCCGACUUUGAAAUGGACAAGUGUCAUCAGAAUUUUCCCGUCCGUUUCACAGGUUUCCUCGGGGCUACAUAUGCAAAAUUGCACUACAAAAAUUGCCAUUUGUUUUGGGUAUUUUCCAAAUAAUUGUAUUAAAACAGACAUACUGCAGAAAUAAUGGAUAGAGGAAAAUAAAAUAGAAGCACCCAGGUAUUUAGAUCUGGCACAAGAAAAGAGAAUACAUUUAGAUAAAAGUAAGUUUAAAGUGAAG